UGACGUGAAGACCUUCAUCGUUCUUCAUGCUGUACUUGGUUUACCACAACAGGUGAAUGGUAAUGAGUUUUUGAAUUAUUUUCGUGCAUGCAACACUUAAAACCUAUAGCAACCAAAUAUUGAUAUGGUGUUCUAGGCCUCUCUAUAAAAGCCGUUGACAACCGAAUUAGAUAUAGGUUUCGCAUCGAUAUCCGUCCGAAACGAAGGCGAGCGAGUGACUCAGUUACAGAAGUUAAAAGAAAACUGUCGAGAAAUCCAGACAAAACGUUCCAUUGAAAGUCAGCAAAUAUAUAGUCAACGCUUAUACAGAAUAAAAUGGAGGCGAGCGAUAAAUAUAAUGGAAACGAGAGAAACGGACUUGCCAGUAAAUCAAGUUCAGUGACAUCAGCUCCGAAGCAGACCUCUGUGUUCAUGAAAUAUGUCCGACCGUGUUUUGCGGAAUUUUUCAUCGUCUUGAUAUUUGUGUUCGUCGGUGUUUGCAGUGUAGCCAAUGUUCCAUCAUUUAUACCGCUUGUUCACGGCCUUGCAAUUAUGGUUUUGGCAUUUCUUGCUGGCGGAAUAAGCGGUGGCCAUAUUAAUCCAGCAGUCACAUUAGGAGUGCUACUUGCAGGAGCAAUCAGUCCACUGUUGGCAUUGGGUUAUGUCGUGUCGCAGCUUCUUGGGGCUAUUGUUGGUGCUGGCUUUGCUCGGGUUGUACUCACGAAAGUUGUUUACGAGAGCAUCAAAGGAGGUGCACAUGGGCUUGGCGCGGAUGUGAAAAUUGGCGGUGCAUUACUGGCAGAAAUUAUCGCAACAUCAUUACUUGUGCUUACAGUCCAAAUGACGGCCGUUGACAGCAAAACUAAAACACCCGUCGCUCCAAUACCAAUUGGCUUUGCUGUUGCCGUUGGUAUUUAUGGAAUUGGUUCGGUAUCUGGAGGAUCGCUAAACCCUGCAAGAAGCUUUGGUCCUGCAGUAAUUGGUUCUUAUUGGUCUGAUCAUUAUGUCUACUGGAUUGGUCCAUUGUUUGGCGCAAUCCUGGCCUCUGCGAUAUACCGUAUUAUCCUUGCCUCGCCAGACCGCUUGCUGUUUUGCAAGGGAUCAAACGUUCAGCAAUCCAGUAGCGAUGUCGAGCUCGGAAGCGUCGCUUAAAUCUUAUAGUCUGGAUAUUCCUGCAUGGAGAUAAAUGAAUGAGAGUUGAAAAAGUCAGUUUAUGGAUACAAACAUCAGCAUGUAAGAUAUAUACCGACAAAUAGUUAAAAAAGCUGUAUAACUCCAGACUCCUGAAUGCCAAAGAUAUUUUAUGACAAAAACAAACGUUUUCCAGAAAAUAUUAUAAAUAAUUAUUAAUUGCAUGCAAGUGUGAAAUUACAUAUACAAAAGAGUAUGGUGAAAAAAAUUAUUGUAUAAUUAUAUAUAGUAUUAAAAAGUUAUGUGGUAAACAUAAUUUAACGUCAA